AAUAUGAUAUGGCCCUCGAUGUGCAAACCAGGCAAUACUAAAACACAACUCUCAAUUUCAACUCCCCACAAUCCCCUGCAUUUCCCCUAAUCAAUCCAGCCAAGAUUACCCAAUUCCCAGCUCAUGUCAUAAAAAUUUUAAAAGAUUAAACAAAUAACAAUAAUAAAAAUCAGGGCUUUCUCUCUCUCACUCUUGUUUGUCUCUAUAUAGACCCACUUGCUUCUGUCUACUUCUAUUCCCCAAACUCCUCUUUCUUUUCAGUCACAGCCCAAAAUCUGAGAUGGGUUUUCGAUUCAGAGUUCCUCUGUCCCUUCUGCUUUUACAAGUUGUGUUACUGUUUUUACUGGAAACUGCAAAAGCUGAAGACUUCUAUAACAUAAGCAAUGUGGGAAGUAGAAAGCAAGAGAGGGAGUGCAAUUUGUUUCAGGGCAAAUGGGUUUUUGAUGCUUCUUUUCCUCUCUAUGAAUCUUCAAGCUGUCCCUUCAUUGACCCUGAGUUUAAUUGCCAAAAGUAUGGCAGGCCUGAUCGAUCCUACCUCAAGUACACCUGGAAACCUGACUUAUGUGAUCUUCCAAGGUUUGAUGGGUUGGAGCUUCUGAGGAGGUGGAAAGGGAAGAAGAUAAUGUUUGUAGGUGACUCACUGAGUCUGAACAUGUGGCAAUCUUUAACAUGUAUGAUUCUGGCGUCGGCACCAAAAGCCAAAACCUCCAUAGUCAUGAGGGAAUCACUCUCCACUGUGAUUUUCCAGGACUAUGGAGUGAGCUUGCUUCUUCACAGAACGCACUACCUUGUGGACAUAGUGAAAGAGAGAGUUGGAAGAGUACUAAAGCUUGAUUCCAUUGAAGGAGGAAGUGUGUGGAAGGGGAUGGAUGUGUUAAUUUUCAACUCCUGGCACUGGUGGACCCACACUGGAAGAUCCCAGCCGUGGGAUUAUGUGCAAAUAGGAAAUACAGUGAAGAAAGAUAUGGACCGUCUGGAGGCAUUUUAUCAAGGGCUGACCACCUGGGCUAGGUGGGUGGACAUGAAUGUUGAUCCCAGUAAAACCAGGGUCAUUUUCCAGGGAAUCUCCCCCACUCAUUAUGAGGGAAAGGAUUGGAACCAACCAAGGAGGAGUUGCUAUGGAGAAAGCGUACCGCUUACGGGGUCACUGUAUCCAGCGGGAACGCCACCCGCAGCAGAAAUCGUGCAGAGAGUGCUAGCUAGAAUGAGGAAGCCAGUUUUCUUGCUGGACAUCACAAAAUUGUCGCAACUGCGCAAAGAUGCACAUCCCUCUGCUUACAGCGGCGAGCAUGCAGGCACAGAUUGCAGCCACUGGUGCCUCCCCGGUUUGCCUGACACUUGGAACCAGCUUCUCUAUGCAGUUUUCACCAUGUGAAGGCCAGUUGAACUUCCCUUCGUCUCUGCAAUUCUUCUCAGGGAAUGUUAGAACUUCAUUCAUUUCAUUAACCAGCUUAACGGCAACUGGAAGCAAGAAAUGUAAUAGCAACAAAGCAAUUGUAUAAAGUAAUUGUGCCUAUAGUUUCAUAUUGAUGGGAAAGAAUGUAGGUGAGAUGGCAACACUGGAUUAACAUGCUCUAUUGCGCAUCUUUGUAAAAUGAGUCCAAUUGAAUUUGGGUUUGGCUUUGAGAUCAGUUUAUAUUUGCAAAGAAUCUGAAUGUCAGGCUAA